AUGGUGGUCGAUACGCGAUACUUGAAGCAUAACGACGACGUGCCCUCCGCCAUCAUCGGCGCAUCGCCUUUCUACGUAAAGGAGAAGGAUCCACCGAAGAAGUUAAAGAAGCGCGAUUUUAAAAAGCAACUCGCCGCGUCCAUUGCUAAUGUGGUUUGCAAAGGUCCAUGCUCGGGUUUGCUGGAGAUUUCGCCUCUGCAGAGCUAUGGGCUGAGCAUCCGCAACGUCGAGUUUCAACGAGAACCAAACCUAGUUGCCGAAAUUGCAGCAGGUUACGUCAGGGGAGUUGAUGAUUUUGGGUCGGGCAAGUUUACCAUCGAAAUCAACAAUUGGUCAAACAACGGGAAGAAGGUGACGAUGGACAACUUUCGGGGCAAUCAGCUGGGUAGGCUCAACAUUGAUAAGCAGUACUGGAAGCAGUGGGAGAUACACGGAGUUUAG